ACUCAUUCACACAUCAACAUCUCGUCGUUGACCCAAAAAAGCUCCAUCUCCAUCAUUCUCUAAAUUCUUUUACAAACCCUAAAAUCUCGUCUUCUUCUUCUUCUUCUUCUUCUUCACCGUGGAUCACUGCCCUCUCUCUCUCUCUCUCUAUCUAUCCACCGUCAAAAUCCAAAACCCAUUCUUCAUUCUCUCCAAUUUCUCAAAACCGAUUUUGGAAUUUACUUUAAUACUGUAUAGCCCUCUAUUCGCAUUGUAGUACAAGUUCGAGUAAAUUGAGGGAAGAGUUGGGAGAGAAUUCAGAGGGAAGUUAAGAUUUUGACGGGGGAUUAAGGAGUCUCGGAACCCUCAUCCUGGUCUCUUUCUCUUAUGUGGUGGUGCUUGAGAGUCUUUUUAUGUGACAUAAAGGAUCUGAAUCAGAGAAAGGGUCUAACAUGAAGUUAUCCAAUAUCCCUCAACGCUACGUCAUAGUCUUCUUGACUUUCCUCAGCACCUCCGUCUGUUACAUUGAGCGUGUUGGCUUCUCUAUUGCGUACACCGUCGCUGCUGAUGCUGCUGGAAUCAAUCAGUCAAGCAAAGGAACCAUACUUUCCACCUUCUUUAUCGGUUACGCUUGCUCUCAAGUCCCCGGAGGCUGGGCUGCUCAGAAGAUCGGUGGAAGGAAAGUUCUCCUCAUGUCUUUUGUUCUCUGGUCAUCCACUUGUUUCUUGGUUCCCCUUGAUCCCAACAGAGUCGGCCUCUUGGUUUUCGCCCGUUUACUUGUUGGUGUUGCUCAGGGUUUCAUCUUUCCUUCUAUCCACACUGUUUUGGCUCAGUGGGUGCCUCCUCAUGAGAGAUCUAGGUUGGUUUCAAUAACGACUUCGGGAAUGUAUUUAGGUGCUGCUUUAGGAAUGUGGUUGCUCCCUGCUUUAGUUGAGUUUAGAGGUCCGGAAUCAGUUUUCUUAGCAGAGGCGUUAGCUGGUGUUGUAUGGUCAUUGCUUUGGAUUAGGUACGCUACUGACCCUCCUCGGUCUGAGCAUCCAAAAGCCGCUGCUGCUGGGUUUGGAGGUGCUCUCUUGCCAACUAAUGUAAACCACCAUCAUAAAGUUACUCACAUACCAUGGAAGAAGAUAAUGCUCAGCUUACCCGUGUGGGCGAUUGUGGUCAAUAAUUUCACGUUCCAUUACGCUUUAUAUGUGCUGAUGAACUGGCUUCCGACCUAUUUCGAGCUCGGGCUCAAGGUCAGUCUUCAGGGAAUGGAUUCGUCAAAGAUGGUGCCGUACCUCAACAUGUUUGUAUUCUCCAUCGUUGGUGGGUUCAUUGCAGACUAUUUGAUCACCAAGAGAAUACUCUCUGUGACUAGAACGCGCAAGUUCUUGAACACGGUUGGGUUCUUAGUCGCUUCAGCGGCUUUGAUGGCUUUGCCUCAGUUUAGAACCUCAAACGGUGUGAUCUUGUGUUCCUCUGUGGCUCUUGGGUUUCUGGCAUUAGGGAGAGCCGGUUUUGCGGUGAACCAUAUGGAUAUUGCUCCCAGAUAUGCUGGAAUUGUGAUGGGAGUUUCGAAUACUGCUGGGACAUUAGCUGGAAUCAUUGGUGUUGAUUUGACUGGGAAGCUUCUUGAAGCUUCUAAGUUGAUCUACUCUGAUUUGUCUCAUCCAGAGAGCUGGAGGGUUGUGUUCUUCAUACCUGGUUUGCUCUGUAUCUUUAGUACCGUUGUGUUUUUGCUGUUCUCUACAGGAGAAAGGAUCUUUGAUUGAAUGGGAUCAGAGUUUAUGAGAAACCCUUUUCAAGAUUAGUUAGUAGAGCCCUCUACAUUUGAAGAUCCAUUGAAACCUUGUACUCUCAGGCUCCUCAUUGGUAUUCUUUUUUUUGGGUGAGUAAACUUGAAUCACACCAAGAGUUUUAUUAAUUAGUUGAACUUGCAAUAUACUAUGAAUAAGAAUAAAAAUCUGUAGUUGGAUAAUCAUUGAGGGGUUAUAUUUGGAUAUUGUAAAAUUUUCGAGUUCUUAUAUACAAUAGUAAGCAUUUACGAGGCA